AUGAACAAUGUCCAACUGCUUCAAACAGAUCUCGCUCAUUUGAGUUCUGACUCUAAGAAGAGGUAUCCAGAUGUACGACAGCUUGUAGAUUCCGUCAUCAAGACAUUGAAGGCGUUGAAUCCAAAAACUCCGCUAAAGGAUAUCACCGAUGACAGCUUAAGGUUGCAAACAAUUAAUGCAUUGAUCCUAGCAUGUGACUCCGGGAAUCUCAAGCUUAACAAUUCAUCAAUUGCAAUUAUACAAAAGCUAAUUCAGGCCCAUUUUAUUCCCAGCGAGAAACUCAAAGACGUGAUGAGGGCCUUCUCCGAAGCAUCACACUUGGCAGAGGGAGUUCAAGUACGGAUCCUUCAAUGUCUUCAGCAAUUUACACAGGAGUAUAAAACAGAGAUUACGGGCGAUAUUCUUCUAGACAUGGUUAGCCUUUGUUCUGGGUUAACAACGACAAACAAAACUUCAAAUGUGCUGGGGGUUGCUUCAGCUACAUUGGAGCAAGUAGUUUCCAACGUUUUUGACAACAUCAGUGUAACCCCAUCCAGUGGAUAUAAGGAGAUAAAGGUCGAGAAUGAUGAAGUAAUAAAGGUGGAUAGCACCUCCUAUGAAGGCUUUUGUGUAUUUGAGGAUUUGAAUUGCUUAACGACAAACAAAAAACCCCAAUUUUUAAAAGGUACUAUUCGAAGCCAAUCGGCUCUCGAUAUAAUAGAGAAUGUAAUUCUUCAUCAUGAUGAAUUGUUUCAGCAACACAAAGAGUUGGCUUACUUGUUACGUGCUCAAACUGUUCCGUCAUUAUUGAAAAUUUUGAACUCACCCUCAAGGAGCUAUCAAUUAACCCAGAGAGCUAUUCGAGUGAUUCAAGUGUUGUUAACAACGCAACUUGAAAGUUUAGAGAUUGAAGUUGAGCUAAUCUUGUCUUACUUGAACCACUCAUUACUCGAAAAUGACAGCCAUCAAGAUGGUUCCGUCCCGCAGUGGGAAAAAAUAUUGAUACUUGAGAUGCUCAAAAAUAUAUUUUCCAAGUUUGAUAUCAUCAAAGCAAUUUAUGAAAAGUAUGACCACGAUGAACUGAAAAAGGAUGCAUUGAAGGAGUUGUUUACUGUUUUCGAUUCUUACUUGCAAGAUGACAACCAGUUCCUGAAUGAUACAUUUGGCCGGCCCGAGCUGGAAGAUUACACUGCUUCAUCCGGAUCAACUCCAUCACAUCGGUCAACAUUGUCGAAGGAAAAUUUUAAGACGCUGUUACUCGAUCAUUUAGAUAAGAUUGAGCCGCAGACAAACAUUUCUUCGUCUUACCCCGUCUACCUUAUUUUUGAAAUACUUGUUUGCUAUUGCAAUGGUGUUUCUCACUUUGUCACAACCAUGCUGGACAAUACCUCAGACGAGCAAGAAUUGGAGAAAAAUGUUGAUUUUAUCAAUGCAAUUUUAGCGUCAACUGCGACAGAAGUGAGCCUAUUGUUUAAAAGGUUUAUGUACUCAGCUUUGGAUGAUGAGUUAUUCCGUACUUUGUUGAUUUCGUUCCAAAAUUUUGCUCACUCUGUAGGACUAUUAGGGUUAAAUUCAAUCAGAAACAAUUUACUUUUGAGACUAUCCAAGGCAGCCAUAAGUUUGACUGUAGCCCCAAAUAAGGAAGAUGGUGAUGCUUUCUCGAUAUAUGAAGAUCAAAAAAAGCAUUUGCUAGCAAUAGGGGGUUCAUUAGCUGAGUCGCUCACUUCCAGCAAGAUGUCAUUUAAAGAGGAUAGCAAUGGAAAUGGGCCCGUACUGCAUAGUCUGGUCAAAGCAAGAUAUUUCAGUUCACGGAAUAUGCUUUGUUUAAAAACAUUGAUGUAUUUGGCUAUAUCGUUAGGGUCAACGCUUGCCGAGUCGUGGUCUAUUAUUUGGAUAACACUACAAUGGUGCGCUUAUUAUUUCGAGGGACCAGACGAGUACAGUAAUUCUUCACGAUCUAAACAAAACCAUGAAUUGGCAAAUGCUCCGCAACUCAAGAUCAGCGAGGAGGAUGCGGGUAGUAUUUAUGCUUUAUUGAAGUCACUUUUUGACAAUAUCAGUGGAUAUGAGUCGGAGUCAUUUAAGCAGUUGUUAUCUUGCCUUGCUGAAUUGAAUGAAACUGCAUUUUCAGAAGAUGGUGAAAAAGUGGUCAAUUUUGAUUUGACAGAAUCCCCACAUAACAAGACAUAUUUUUUGCGCAAGUUUUUCCAAGUCUGUGAACUUGCUCCUGGCAAGUUUUUGGUCGAGGAUGCAUCCAUUUGGGAGUUUGCCACUUCCUACAUUACCAAAUUUGGGUCAAGAAGAACCUUACAUCCCAAUUUGCGUUUAUAUGUUACUGAGUCCUUUUCCACAACUAUAGAAGCAUUGGCAAGUGAAGGAUUCCAUGAUGACUCUAUGGCUAAGGACACUGCUGCAAGGACUUUAGAUGGAUUGAACAAGUACAUUAGGCCAUUAUUUAAGCAAGGUCCGCCCAAGGAAUUAUUGACCCUUAACUGUGAAACAGAAAUACAUUUAUCGGUGUUGACAGAAUUGCAUUCCUUGAUUGACAAUUAUGAUACGCAUUACCAAGGUUCAUGGGCAAAAGUUUUUGAAAUCCUUAAUACACCAUUCAAGACAAUAGAUUCAAAUAAUGAUCAGAAUUUGAAAGAAAAGUUACAACUAUUGGUGGAGAAAUCAUUUGAUACGUUGAAAUUGAUACUUGAUGAGUUUUUAUCGUCUUUGCCAUUUAAGCAAUUCAAGAUACUUGUUGACACUUUGGUGAACUUUGCCUACCAAUCCUAUGACUUGAACAUUUCAUUUAGUUCAGUCAGUUAUUUUUGGCUCAUUAGUGACUCCUUGAAAUCACGGCUUUCACAAUUUGUGGGUAAUAAAAAUCCAACUUUGGAGAUAAAACUGGAAGAUGAACUUAUUGACUAUAUCAACAUCAAUGAUGAGUCGUAUGAAUCUUAUAUUUGUCUCGAAGUGUAUUUACUUUUCUGUUUAGCUAAAUUGUCCAAACAAGAAAUUAGUCGUGCUCAAGUCAGGGAUGGUGCUAUUCAAACGUUUUUCCAAAUUGUUGAUGUCCAUGGCCCCGCUUUGGAAAGUAGUUGGAAUGUGGUGCACUUGUUAGUAUUGCCCUGUUUAUUUGAUAUCGAGGCAUUUGAAAAUCCAAAAGAGUCGUUGGAAACUAUUCGGUUAUUAUUGGAAGGAUUUACUAAUAUGUAUCGUAAAUUCUUUGGCAACUCCAAUACCAGUGAUUUUAAUGGCAAGUGGCAAAUGCUUUUUGACUAUAUGGAAAAGUUGUUAACAAGAAAAAAUAUUGAGGUAAAUGUAAUUGUAUUCAAGUCAUUCCAAGAUCUCAUUGAUCCAUCGGCUGAAAUAAACACUGAACCGAUUCGGAACUCGUUAUUUGAUUUGUGGCAGGGUUACUCAAUUGAAUAUGACUUGGUCAAUUCUAGUUAUCAAGAUUCGCUUGUUCAAUAUAUGCAUUGUUUUCCAUCAUUGUACCGUGUUAUUGAAUCUGAUUUGACAUUGGAUGAAGUAAAUACGAUUGUGGACAUAUUCAACAAGGGAGCCAGAUAUCCUGUGUUGCCAUUGCACCAAUCGGAUGAGAACAAGCCUAGCAAGUUACAGUCUUCUAUAUUGACAAAUAUUUCCCUUUUGACCAAGAAAAACUUUGAAAUACAAGCAGCAGUGGUACAAUUGCUUACAAAUAUAAUAGUAUAUCCGUAUGGAGUGAGGAUGCGGAUUGAACAAAAGUUGCAAAAUAACAUGUUUGUGCAAAAGAAUUAUCGAAUCCCUACGUUUGUUGGUAUCAGCCACUUGGGAUUGCAAUUGAUGGAUAAAAGAUUUAAAGAAUUUGGUUAUACACGAGUGUUUUCUGAUGACCAGAGUAUUAUUAAAACAAUUAAAGCCCUCAUUGAAGUUGUUGAGCGCAAAUUACGUGGUGUAUCAACCGUCAAGACUCCACUUUGGAUUGACGCUCACAAUAUAUUGAAAGAAUUGAUUGACAAGUUGAUUAACAAGAGGAAAGAAGAUAUAAGUGAUGAACUUUGGUCUUUACUCACCAAAUCGCUUAUGCUUACCAUUGCCUUUGAUUCUGAUAUAGCUUCUGAUGCAGAUAUCAAAAUAUCCCAGUAUCAAGAGUUGAGUGCUAUUAUUAUUCCCCAAUUGGUUGAAAACGAUAACCAGUUGAUUUUGGAUUUGGUCAAGAGUGUGUAUGAUAAUUCGUAUCUUUACAAUCUCAACAGUGAUGAAAAAGAAUUGGUAUUGAACAACGUGACAGACGAUAAGCAAGCAAUUGACAAUUUGACAUUGUUUAACUUUGAUGAAUAUUUCGGCACUACAGAACCGUUGCAUGUAUUCUUCAAUAAAAAAAUCAGAUUCAAUUGUUUAAAUGAAUUAUUUCGCUUACUGAAACUUGACACCAAAUACCGAUCAUCGUGUGAAAUAUAUCUUUUAAGAAGAAUUAGUUUUACAUUGAGAAGAGCAGUUGCCGAUUUGAGAUUAUAUGGAGACAAGCCUUUACCACAGGUUCAACAGGAUGAAGUGUUGUUAAUCCUUGAGCAGAUGCAUCAGUUGCAGCAAGUUUCUGCUGACAAUGAACAAGAGUUUAAAAAGUUGAAUCGAUUACUAAUUUUGCUUACUCCUUUUGCCCACAAGUUUGGUGAAGGUAGCCUAUUAUUACCCUCAGUGUUGAUAAAGCGUUUAUAG